AUCCGAGCAAAUUACACCCUCUUUGACUCAUCUUCAACAACCCUCAAACCCGUAUAAAUUCAGCACCCUCCAUCGCGAGCGCACAGCACCGCAUUCCUCAUACUCCACACAGCAGCAAUGACAUCCCCACUCUCAAUUGGCCUGCUCCUUUUCCCCAAGCUCACACAACUCGACCUAACAGGCCCGUACGAAGUCUUCGCCCGCGCCCCCGGCGCGACCGUGCAUCUGAUUGCAAAGAGCCUCGAUCCCGUCGCCGCCGACCGCGGGCUACAAAUCGUGCCGACGACAACAUACGCGUCAUGCCCGGCCCUGGACGUGAUCUGCGUCCCCGGCGGACCGGGCCAGAUCGGCCUGAUGGACGACGACGAGACGCUCGAUUUCCUCCGCAAAGUGGCCGCCGACGCGAAACUCAUCACUUCAGUCUGCACGGGCUCGCUCGUCCUCGGCGCCGCGGGUUUGCUGCGCGGAUACAAGGCCACAUCGCACUGGUCCUCGCUCGACCAACUUUCUCUCCUCGGCGCGACGCCCGUGCAGGAGCGCGUCGUGCGCGACCGCAACCGGAUCACGGGCGCGGGCGUCACCUCCGGCAUCGACUUUGCGCUCAACGUCGUCGCGGACCUGUACGGCCGCGAGGUCGCAGAGGACGUGCAGUUCCAGCUAGAGUAUGAUCCGCAUCCACCGUUCGACGCGGGCUCGGUCAAGCAGGUCUCGCCUGAGUUUUACGAGAAUGCAAAAGCGCAUAUCAGUGGGUUCAUUGCGAGACGGUUAGGCGCGACCGAGCGGGCAGCCGCGAAGCUCUCAAAUUAGCUAUCGAUGCACAAAGACAGUGGGGAAGUAGCAUUUUGGUUAGAAUGUUAGAAUAAAAAAGGCACUUAACGAAAACAAGCAGACUAAACAAAAAAUAAUUCCCUCUUAUACAUGUAUUCCUCCUCCUCCUGUUCUGCUUCGUCUUCAUCUCGCAUCUUUUCGUCCCCGCUCGCACUUCCAAUAUCUUCGUUAAAAAGACUUUUUUAAGUAAUCACAAGAAGUUUUAAAAAGGAAAAAGAAAAAGAAAGGACAUGGAUCGUAGUAACAAACAAAAAGUCAAACAAAAAAAGUAGAUUUGGAUAAGGACACACACGCACAAACAUACAAAUACAAUUUAUUCUCCGUGUGUAAACACUACUUAGCAUCGACAAGCAGAUGCUCACUUAU